UGCGAUGUCUGUUUGUUACAUUUGGUUUCGCUAAGCAUGUAAAAUUGUCAUUAGACAAGCCGCCAGUGUACAGUGACAAAAUUAUAAAGCGUGACCAACUUAAAAAUUUGCAACGUCCAUUGAAAAUAUUAGACAAAAGCGACUUUUUAAAAACGCUGGCUAGGUUGAGUACUUCCUCGUAAAUACUGAGUUUAUUCCCAUUUAAGUAAAAGGUUCUUCGACGGCCGUGAAUGCCACGAUAUGUUUCGCUUACCAAGUGCCACCCACAUAUCAAGGUCGUUACCUACAUACAUUAUUUUCCCUUUUCCUGGUAAAUAAGACCACUCCCCACCACUCGGGAAAGUCAGUGAACCACGCAUCAAUCGAAGCCUGCAUAUGGCCAGAUAGUGUUCAAUCAUCAUUUAAGUACAACCAACUUCGAUGAGCCUUCCCUCUCUCUUUUGAGUGGGUGAUUUCGGUUGUUUUAGGGGGAAGGUUGAUAGAUGACGGAGGUCAGGCAGUUUGGGCAAGGACUUGCGUUGCGUCCGCGCAGGUUUCGCAAACAUCUUGCAGUGUUGUGACGGCUGCUAUUGAGUGAACACGUUGUGAGUGCAGUGCGCAAUUUUGAACGUUCGAAAGUGAUGUGGAUACACGAAAGGGCUUAAACAACAAAGAUUGACGUGUCAAAAUGGGGAAAGGAGAAAAAAAAUCCACCAUUAUUUUGGAUAAUUUUAAUUCAACGGCGGAUUUAGCCAGUAAUCCAGGAUUCCAGUCCACAUUAAGCUUGGGAUCAAAAGAAGUCAUCAAUGAAAAGGAAUACAACCCUUUUGAGCACAGAAAUGUGGCUCAUCCCAAUUCGACAAUUGGAUCCUUGGUGCAUUUGCUGAAAUCCUCCCUUGGUUCCGGCAUCCUGGCGAUGCCGAACGCUUUCAAAAACGCGGGUCUUGCAGCUGGCGCCCUUGGCACUAUAAUCGUUGGGUUCAUCUGUACACACUGUGUUUAUAUAUUGGUACGGACAUCUCAAGAAGUGUGCGUGGACGCAAAGAAGCCCUCCAUGGGGUUCGCUGAGACGUGCGGUGCAGCGUUCCAGUACGGGCCGAAGAAGCUGCGGCCGUGGGCCGGUUUCGUCACGACGGUUGUGGACUAUGCCCUAACAGUGACUUACCUUGCGGCGCUCUGUGUCUACAUUGUGUUUAUUGCUGAAAAUUUCAAAGAGGUUCUAGACGAGUACAUGCCAAACUACAAGCUGUCUGUAGAGACAUACUGCGCUCUGACCCUCGUCCCCUUAGUCCUCAUCUGCCAAAUCAGGAACCUGAAAUGGCUGGUACCUUUCUCGGCCAUAGCUAACGUACUGCUGGUCAUCUGCUUUGCCAUCACUAUGUACUACAUCUUCAGCGGUCUACCUAACCCUAAGGAUCGGGGCAUGGUUGCAAGUGUUACCCAGUGGCCGUUGUUUAUCAGUACGGUGAUCUUCGCGAUGGAAGGCAUCGGAGUGGUCAUGCCCGUAGAAAACGAGAUGGCGAAGCCGCAACAAUUCCUCGGCUGCCCGGGCGUGCUCAAUGUUGCCAUGACUAUCGUCAUUUCCCUGUACGGCAUCGUCGGGUUCUUUGGUUACAUGAAAUAUGGCGACGAAGUGAGGGGAAGCAUUACGUUGAACUUGCCGCAGGAUGAAGUCUUGGCACAGAGCGCGAAGAUCCUCAUGGCUUUGGCUAUCCUUUUCACAUACAGCCUCCAGUUAUAUGUACCCAUGGAGAUGAUCUGGAGAGUGAUCCACAACAAAAUAUCCGUCAGAUAUCACAAUAUCACGCAAAUCUGCAUCCGGACUGCUGCUGUAGUUGGCUCAGUUGCCCUAGCAGCAGCCUUCCCAAAUCUGGAGCUGUUCAUCAGCCUCUGCGGCGCCAUCUUCCUGUCGACCCUCGGUCUCCUUACGCCAGCCAUAGUGGACACCGUGCACAACUGGGACCGAGGACUUGGCAGGUUCAACUGGAUGUUAUGGAAAAAUAUCUUCAUUGGUAUGAUAUCCCUAGUGGCUUUGUUCGCUGGUUCUUAUAAGAGCAUCAGCGAUAUGGUCGCUAAGUAUGGACAGAGUGAGCACAUGGAGAUGAAUAUGAAUUUAAAUAUGACCGGAGUUAAUGGAACUUGGGUGUCAUAAAAACUAUGUAAGGUAAGGUUUAGGAAUUCGAUUUCUGUACCUUUCCUUACCACAGUGAUAAUAGUAUGAGUUCCUUAUGAGCAUUCAUAUUUAUUGUCAAUUUGAUAAGGUACGAAGUGAUCAGACAUAGAACUUUUUGUGGCAUAAGUUCAUGUUCAUGUAUUAUUGAAUUUGUUGACAGUAUUUGUUAUAUGUGGAUGUAAAUGUAAAGAUAAUAAGGGCGUGUGUAGAUCAUUAGAACCUUCGCCCGCUUAGCUAACAAUAUCCAAGUAUAUUAGGAUAUACUUGGAAAUUGUUAGCUACAACGUACACUGAGACGAUUAUAUCACAACACACUGGAUAUUUAUUAGAAGAGAUGACCCGGUGUCAACUAUGUUUAAGCCUUUUUAUGUCAUAAGUGAAUCAAUGUAUAUAUAUUUCCUUUGAUUUAUGUAGAUAUACUUUCUAUUGACACACAUAUUAAUAUACUACAUUGACUUGAUAUCUAGCGUAAUAGUUUAAUUUAUUUGUUUUGAAUUUUACACAUUGCAAUGCGGCGAAAUAUUUAUGUCUUUUAUUUUGAUAAAUGUUUAUUAUUGUGAGUACACAAACAAAGAAAACUAUAAUUAUCAAAUAGCUCAGUUCAAAACUAGCUACCCAAUAUUAAUACUGAAAUGUACAUAAAUGAAAUGGGUAAGUAAUUUACGAUAAUUACAAGAUAACAAUAUAAUUAAUAAUUAUACAUACAUUUAUUUUAAAAAGUAAACUUUCUAUCACGCCAGAAAGGUAAGCACUUUUUAUGUUUCUAAAAAUAUGUUCAAAUACUCCUACUAAAUACUUUCCAAACAGGUAUUUUGGUGUACAAUUAUUAUUUAAAUAAAUAUUUAAGUCUUAUUAUACUUUAAGGUUAGUGAAAUAACUUAAGCGUAUCUGAGUUUUAGAGUUGUAAAUACGUCCAUAAUUCAGAGUUAUUGUAGAUUUUGUAAUAUACGCUUUUCUUUUUUUUGAUGUAUUAUAUUUUUAUAUAUUUUGUUAUAUUCUAAUAAUACUGAAAUUAAAUUAUUCGAUCUAAGCCUAAAUGAAAAAAAUAUUUUGAGUCUAUUAUUAAUGACAAUAUCAUUCCAGCACCUAUGCAGGUGUUUGUAACAAUAUUUUAAUAUUAUUAAUAACAUUAUGAUUGUGACAAGCAUGUAACUUUUCUCAAACACAAAGUCGCAGUGACUCUAAAUGACAACUAGGUUGUGAUUGUUAAUAGUUUUAAGAAUAAUAACCACUGUUGGAAUAUAAUAAUAUGAUUAUUUGUUGUGCCUAUAUUAUGCAGUGUGCUCGGGAGGAAUCCGAAGGACUAAAUUCACUUCUACGAAAAUUAAAUCACGAAAAUGCAAGAAAAAACUGUUAAAUUCCUUUGGGUUCCACCCGUGUUCUUUAAACUCCUUUAUGUUGGUACAAAUAGCCCUAAUCAACUUUUAGUGUAAUACGUUUUAAAUAUACACCAAGAUUAAUUUUAUAGACAUAAUUAUUAGAUUAAGCGUAUCUAUUUAAAUAAAACGUCAACGAGCAUAAUAUAUUAAGAUUUAUAUGAACCAAUUUCAGUCACAAUGCGUUCCGCUCGUUUUAAUCUACCGAAUGGACACACUGUGAUUGGAAUUAUAUUAUCCAAAUAUGCCUCCAGACAAAAAUAUUUUAAGGCAUUUUAGAGCAGACAAGAAGUUAUUAUUUAUAAAUAUAAUGUUAUUAAGGCAACUAUCAUUUCCAUCGAAAAUAUUAAGAUUUGUCACCAAGUGAUAAUCCCCAAUAAAUAAUAAUAUUUAAAUCGGUCAUUGUAUUUAUGAAAACUUGUCUCCAAAUAUAAAUAACUAUCUUAAUGUUAAUUUGUAUUCAAAAUAGUAUACAUUAUAGAUAUUAGUUGACCAAAUUAGUAGAUAUAUUAUGACCAAAUAAAUAGCUGUGAUUCUUAAUGAUGUCGUCUGCCUGACAAAACAUAAUAAAACAAUGGACCAUAAAACCUAUGUACGUGGUCGUGGUUAUUUGGAUAAUUCAAUUUUAGGGACCUAGCUAUUUAUUAGGUUAAUGAACGUAUAUUGAUUUGAUGACAGAUAAGAUCAUACGUAUUAAUUAAGCCAAUUUAUACAUUAUACAGCAAACUAAAUAUCAGAACCGCCGGAACGGUUAUUUACAUCAAAUCAAAUCUUGGAAACACGGGGUUUCAAACUGACAGUUUCACACAGUAAGCGCUUAUACUACCUAAAUGAUAUGUUACAAAGCAACUGUGGUGAUAAAAAAUACAUAAACAAGAAUAAUUAAAAUUUAUUUAUGCCAUGAGCUUCGAUGUUUUUAACUUCAUUAUCAAGAAAUUGAAGAGCAUAGAAGAAAAUUUUGACAAGAACUUACGAACAAGUGUUAAUUAAGCCUGAAGCUGAAGGCCCUUGCCUUAAUUAACACGAGCUCCUAAUUCUUGUACCGCCCGUGGCACACACAAUGUUAUUAAUCACACUUGUGAGGAAAAAAUUAAAUUUUAAGCGAAAUCAUUUUCAAAAUACAGUGACAUUUCAAACAUAUUAAAUUAUUUACGUCACUAUUUUAAAAGUAAAACUCACUGAUAUCUACUUGGUUCGUAUGAACAAAGAAAAUUUGAAAUAGCAGUGGAUUGUCAAAGAAAAUUUUAGUACGCUAUUUGACUUAGAUCCUUAUUCUUUCACUGAUAUGUGUUAAAUUUGUUAAAUAUCAACCAUCGCUGGAAACGAUGCCGCCAGUCCUUUGGUUUUUGAUCUAUUAGAUGGUGCCACUGAAAGAAUAAGGAUCUAAGUAAAAUGGCAUUUUAAAAGUUUUACGAGUAAUCAUGUGUCGAAAGAUGGCAGUAAAUUUACUAUGGCUAGAAAAUUUUCUUUUACAAUCCACCUCUAUUUCAAAUUCUUUUUGUAUGAAUUAGUAACAUAUUUAAAAAGUAUGUCCAUGGGCUUAAUGAAAUAAAAAAAUCUAUUACGCCCGCGGGCAUAAUACAGUUAAUUCCAUCUCAGUAUGCUGGCAUACAAUAACAUCGUUUACGAGCAAGUGUUAUGAAAAAAUAUAAAUGUCGAACUGUGACCUCCGCCAUUGGAGACCUUGGUGACUUUUUUAGUAUAUGGCGAUAAACUGUGCGAUAUCAAUAAAAAAUAUAUUAUUGUUCUAGUUUACAGUUAGAUGUAAGGUUUAAAAUGUGAUAUCAAUAAUUUAAAUAUUAAUAAAACUUGAAAGGCGAUCUAAUAAAUACAAUCUAACAAA